CGGUCCGCUGUGGAUUACAAUGUCCACCGCAUCCUCGCUCGCCGACCCGAGCCUCACCGCCGCUAUUUUCUCCAUCGCCACUCACCAGGACGCGGAUGAGGCCGUCGCCGCGGCGAUGCGGAGGCUCGUUCGGCAGGAGCCCGGCUGGCUGCGGUGCUUCCUGUGGCACGCCUCCGGCUCGGCCGACGGCUGCGUUCAGCUGGUCCGGUCCAACCUCUCGUGGUCGGCCGCCGGCGUGGGGCCGUGCACGGACGCCGAGGCUGCCCACCGCCUGCGCUUUGGCGUCGCACGGCUCGCUGCUCGGCGGGAUGGAGCUGGGCGGCCGGUGAUCGUGCUCGGCUUCGACGCGCUGCGCCGCAUGCUUGACGCGGGGCACACGCUGGACGAGGUUGCGAGCGCGCACGUCUGGUGGCUCAAGGACCUGCUGCUGCGCGAGGAGGGCGGCACCUCGCACGGCGUCUCUCUCGUGCAGGAUUUGGCGGGCAUGACCGCGGCCGACGUGAGCAGCUUCGUCAUGCCGAGCGCGCUCCUAACGCAGCUCAACUACGCGCGCCUCCUCACCGCCGCCUUCCCGUGCGAGUAUGGAGCCCUCGUCAUCCUCGAUGCGCCCGCCGCCUUUGGCAUGCUCUGGUCGGUGGUCCGGCCGGUCCUGCCCGCCGCCCUCGCCGAGCGGGUUAGCUUCUGCGCGCGGGAUGGGGCCGAGGAGGGUGGCGGAGCGGUCGCCGCAGGUCCCGACGCCACGCUCGACGUCAAGGCGGUCGCGGCAGCGAUCGAGGCGGCGCCUCGGCCGUCGGCGGCCGGCCCAGGGCGUGGUGGGGCGGUGAGCGAUGCCGCCGGCCCGGGGGCCUGGAGCUCGUGGUGGUAGAUGAUCAUAGGGCGCGGGUAGGUUUGUCUCGUACGUGCGCAUGUCUCCGUACUGUACCGUUUACCGUUUACCGUGUACAC